GUGAAAACUUGUCAAAAAACUGUUUACGGUUUGUGCUAAUGCUGCACUCUGGCGGCAGAAUUCAGUAAUACUCAAAGCAGUUUUAUAAGGUGAAUCUAGAGUCACAACAGGUCUUGCCGCUAUUAAGCGAUCUCUCCCAGCUUACAAGUUUCUAGCACUCUCGAUUUCGUUUCCUAGGUACAUUAUAUCUCAUCAAAACCAAUUUCAAACAUGCUUAUUAUUAAGAUCCCCUACAUCAUCGUAACGGUCCGUCGAUCGAGGCGUGACGUGUCACAGCACAGUUGACGCGCGUCUCUAAUGCUAGUUCGGUCACAGGCCGAGAUCCUUAUUUAGAACGCGGUAAAGAUCAAAUUACUUAGUACAAGACUAACUUAUUGAGGCAAUGCACCCAACAUUGUCAGUCGACAUGCUGCUCGUCCUCCUGUUGCUCGCGCACACACGCGCCGAGUGGGUCGAGAUCACACAACUACACAAACCAACACACCAUCGUGAGGUGCAAGAUGUCCUUGACUUCCACGAACAGCGGCGCAGACCAUCUUUUUCAAAGGAACCAAGCCUUGGUGAUGGAAAGAGGAAACAUAUAUCGUCGACAGAACACAGUUUAUACGAUAAAAAGGAGUCACAGUUCUCAACAGAACCUGCGCUGUACAAAGAAAAGAGGAGGCCAUAUUUCCCAACGGAGCCUACCGAUUUCGAUGACAAUAAAAGGUUGCCACAGUUCUCAACGGAACCUGGCUUUUUGGCAGAUUACAAACGCAACAGGAUUUAUAUCAAUCACUCUAUAGACCAGGGAUCGCACUUUAGUGUAGACCAGUCACCAGAAAAGCAUUGGACUAAAGGCGUAGUUCACAGAGUCCCCAACCCGACUGUCGGUACCGUUAAGAGAGUCUAUUUAACAACCGAAGAACCAGCUAAAGUAAAGUACGAGGAAACCGAUCUUACACAUGAGCUGAAAGGAUACACAAUAAGAAACCCGUUUAAAGAUUUUGAAGAUCAAAAACCUGAGUUCGUGACAAAAGAAGAGACGUUUGAAGAUGACGGCAACGACGAGAUCCACUUUGUUAGUAAAUCACCUACAAAUAUUUGGGCGAAAGGAAAUGAAAUCCAAUCGAAAAAUCCUACUAACGGUCCUGUAAGAAGAGUAGACGCAGAAGAAAACGGCUCUUUGAAUAAAAUACCCUCCAAUAUUUCGGAAGAGGAUCAGAAUGGCGAACCCGGCACUAGCGGCACGAAGCCAAACACGAUGGAGAAUGUGUUGAAGUUCACGAGAGUUGUGGCAGACACCAUUACGAGAAACACGCGAAAGAGUGUCAGCAGCAAGCUUCGGUAUUUGGAGGACUUGAAGGAUACCAUCAUGGUGAACAUAGAAGAUCGCAUCGAGUAUCUGUGGCCGGACGACACGGGCGGCAGUGCAGCGCGCCGGCGCCGCUGGUCGCGUUCCGCAGAGGCUCGCGGUCACCACGUUGAGUUCCCCUCUUCCGAGAGCGCCCUCAUGACCAUAUCCUUCCUCACCUUCGCUGUCUAUCUCAUCAAACUCGUACUACAAGUUAUCCAAACGUAUAAAAACAAAACGAUGAUGGUAACGCCGGCUGUAUUUGCGGCCGUUGGGCGAUCUGCAAGAAGCAAACAGAAAGAUUCUCAAUAGCUUGAAACUAAUAAAUACCUUAAUAAGAUUAUUUUAAUAAUUAUAAAAUAUAAUUUAGUUUUUUAAAUCUUGCCGCCAUUAAAAGCGUAUA